AUGCAUGUUUCUUUCAUUCUUUCUUCCGAAAACAGGCUAAAUAUUCCGUUGGCAGGCGAGGUAUGUCGCAUAAGAUUGAGCUCAGGGCAGAGUGGGGCAGCAGGCACUGAAAGACUGUCAUCACAGUAUCCGCACACUGAGCACUAG